CGGCGGCGGCGGCGGCGCUAGGGCUGCCCGCGGGACUCCCUCUCGCCUCCCGCUCCGUGUGAAUGGUGUGAAGUAAAAAUGGUGCAAAAAUAUCAGUCCCCUGUUCGUGUCUACAAAUAUCCCUUUGAGCUUGUCAUGGCGGCUUAUGAGAAGCGCUUCCCCACUUGCCCAGAGAUCCCUGUCUUCCUGGGCAGUGAGAUCCUUCGUGAAUCCAAGAGUGAUGAUGGAGCCAUUCAUAUAAUUGAACGAAGUUGUAAACUGAAUGUGGACGCACCUCGUUUGCUGAAGAAGAUAGCUGGUGUAGAGUAUGUCUUUUUCAUACAGAAAAACACAGUGAACUGGAAGGAGCGAACUCUUGUUAUAGAAGCUCAUAAUGAGACAUUUGCCAAUCGCGUCAUUGUCCUGGAAACAUGUAACUACUCCGUUCAUCCUGAAAAUGAAGACUGGACCUGCUUUGAGCAGUCUGCAUCUCUUGAUAUCAAAUCAUUCUUUGGCUUUGAAAACACCGUGGAGAAAAUCGCAAUGAAACAAUACACCGCCAACAUCAAACGGGGCAAAGAAGUGAUAGAGCAUUAUUUGAAGGAACUGAUUUCCCAGGGUAUCACUUUUAUCCCCCGGUGGACUCCUCCAGCUGUCCAGAGAGCAGUGGAUGAAGCGACUUCAACAGCAGGUGAUAGUGGCAGUGCAUUGACCGAAUGCUCCAGCCACCGGAGUGGCAAAGAACAGCGAGGCACUGCCUCCCCUCCUCUGGAGGCAUCAACCCCGGAUGCUGACAAACUGGAUUCUGACUACAUAGAAAGGUACCUUGGACAGUUGACUCCCAUGCAGGAAAGCUGCCUGAUCAGACUCCGUCAGUGGCUACAAGAAACGCACAAAGGCAAGAUUCCCAAAGAUGAGCAUAUCCUCCGGUUUUUAAGGGCUCGUGAUUUCAACAUUGACAAGGCUCGGGAGAUGCUUUGUCAGUCCCUGAUGUGGCGCAAACAAUACCAAGUGGACUACAUCCUGCAGACAUGGAGACCACCAUCUCUUCUGGAAGAAUAUUAUACCGGUGGCUGGCAUUACCAGGACAAAGAUGGAAGGCCUCUCUACAUACUCCGCCUUGGCCAAAUGGACACCAAAGGUCUUGUGAAGGCUCUGGGAGAGGAGUCACUCCUUCGACAUGUGCUGUCCAUUAAUGAGGAGGGACAGAAGAGGUGUGAGGAAAACACCAAUCUCUUUGGCCGCCCCAUCAUGUCCUGGACCUGCCUGGUUGACCUCGAAGGGCUGAACAUGCGUCACCUCUGGCGCCCCGGAGUAAAAGCUUUGCUUAGGACCAUCGAGGUGGUUGAGGACAACUACCCGGAGACGCUGGGAAGGCUUCUGAUUGUGCGAGCACCCCGAGUGUUCCCUGUUCUCUGGACACUGGUUAGUCCUUUUAUCAAUGAGAACACCAGGCAGAAGUUUCUCAUUUACAGUGGCAACAAUUAUCAGGGUCCUGGGGGACUUGUGGACUAUCUAGACAAAGAUGUCAUUCCAGACUUCCUUGGAGGAGAAUGUGUGUGUAAUGUGCCUGAAGGUGGUCUUGUCCCUAAGUCGUUGUAUCAAACAGAUGAAGAACCUGAAAUUUCUGAUCAUAUCCGUCUCUGGACAGAAACCAUAUAUCACUCUGCAAAUGUCUUCAAAGGCGCACCUCGUGAGGUGGUCGUGGAGAUCUUGGAGGGGGAAUCAGUAAUCACCUGGGAUUUUGACAUCCUGAAGGGGGAUGUGGUGUUCAGCCUCUUCCAUUCCAAGCGAGCUCCCGAGACCAGCUGGAAGGAACCUGCGGUGCCAAAUGCUUUGACUGCUGGGGAUAACGUACAGCUGAUUGGCAAGAGCUGGAUCCUGGGAGUGGAUUAUAGUCGAGUGGAAUCUCCACUGAUUUGCCGGGAAGGCGAGAGCAUCCAGGGUUCCCAUGUGACUCGCUGGCCAGGCUUUUAUAUCCUGCAGUGGAAAAUGCACAGUCCAACUCCCUGUGCAGGGACCAGUCUCCCUCGGGUGGAUGAUGUCUUGGCCACACUGCAGGUCUCUAAUCACAAGUGCAAGAUCAUGUAUUACUAUGAGGUUCUUGCAUCCAAGGAGUUCAGGGGCUCCAUGACAAGUCUGGAAUCUUGCAACAGUGGUUUUUCACAGCUCAGUGUGGCCACAACAUCCUCCAACCAGUCACAGAGCAGCUCUCUGGUUUCCAGAUAACGUCAUUUAGGACAGCGUUGAACACUAAGCAUUGAAUGGCUGGGCCAGGAUGCUUCCCUCAGGUCAGCCCAAAGACUGAGCCAAGGGGCCUUGUCCCUGGGAUGCCCACCCAGGGGACCACAAGGAUGGCGUUUGGAUGAAACACUGUUUCUAGUGAGCGACUCAGAAUCCUCGUCUUUUUUCAGGAAUAGACUUACAGCUUCAAAGUCCUGAAGACUGGCUUUCCUGGACUGUGUACUAACACACCUGUGCAUCAGAAUGCCUCUCCCUUUUGCAUGAAUUUUACAAAAUUCCUAUGGUUAAAGGGCUCUUUCCAGGCAGCACAGCUCUACAUUACUGUGCAGCUAUCUGGUGUUGCCUUACCUAGCAGGACUUGCCAAGUUGUCUUUAAGUGUAGCAAAGAUUAGUCUAGUCUGGUCUCUUGGGGGCAUCCACAAUGCCAUUUGUGUUUUAACAAGGUGCAGAGGGUGCCUCAGUAGCAGGAAUUAAAUGCAGAUUGCUAAUAUGUACCUAAAUUGGGGCACGGGAGGGGGAACCAGCUUUCCAGGUUACAGUAGGAAACUUAUCUCAGUGGUUUUGUAACGUGGAUAUUACUAGUUAACAUGCUUUGGCAUUCCUGAGAAGCCCCAAAACCUACACGUUUUCCUUCAGUGCAUGGAAAUUGCUUCUUUAAAGGAGUAAGCACUGAUUCCCCCCACCUCUUUUUUUCCUCAGGUCUGUGAGCAAUAAAUGAGUAGAUCUCUUGCCCUUACCCUUUCUCAGGGUAGGAAGUGAGUUCCAUUACAAAGGGCUAAGCAAAGCAAUAUUUUAUUUUUUUCUACAGGCACAAAACUCUUCCACAGUGUUGAAGAAACCAUUCUCUUUGAAAGUAGUGAAUUCAAGUUGGUGUGGGCACUUGAAGUGUGUGUGUGUGUAUGAGACUCAAACUCUUUAGACAUAUUUAUUCAAGAUUAAGACUUAAAUUAAUAGCUUAUUUGUAUUGUUUUAUAGGUACAGCUGAACUAUAUAUUAUGGAACAUAUCCUCUUUUCUGUGUGCUCAGCUCCUGAGGCUGAAGUGGGGCGAGUUUUGAUCAUCUGUGUGUGUGUGUGUGUGUGGUUUUGCUGAUACAGUUUCAUAACUGGAUAUUUUCGGAGCACAGGGCUGCAUUAUACAGCAUUAACUGCACAAGUGUCCCUUUAAUCUUGAAGGGGUUGAUUUUUAUAAACUGUGGCUCACGUUGUAAUUAUCCUGGUUCUUGAAUGAUCCAGGACUGUGAUUUUGUAAGUUUUAGAUGUUCCAAAUAGAAAACAGUGGGGACAAAUGAAAAUGCCAGUGCAAAAAGGGCACAGAGAGUGUGGUUUUGUGAAGCUACCUAUGCUUGGAAGGAACAGAGUGAUAAAUGCUGAGAUACUUCUGA